GGCUAGCAAAAUUUUCGAAUAACAUCCUGUUCAAUUCAGCAAGGAUGUUCUGUACUCCAAGCAAAGAUGCAAUUGACUUACUUGACAAAAUUCACAGAGAGGCUCCCAAGAUCUCUCCCAAAGUUAAGAAGGUGACUAAAGUUGGGAUGCCGCAAUUCAACAAAGAGGCAGAAGAAAUCUCUGAAUCGAUCACUUUCAAGCACACUCCAAACAAGUUUAUGAAAUACAUGGACACAGGAAUGGAGAAGUUCUUCUAUCAGAGGGAUUACAAUAAAGAGAACUUUGAUUUCUACCUCCAAGUGCUUAGUUCUCAGUAUAAAGUUCAGGAAGCUGAAGGAGCCAUGGAGAAAAUGAAGCUAUUAGGAAUUGAGCCUGACCUUGCCACGUAUAAUCAUCUUCUGACCAUCUACGCCAAGAGCGGAAACUUAGAGAAAGCAGAAGAAGUCUUUCAACUAGCAAAAUCUAAAGGGCUCCACCCUGGUAGAGAUAUGUAUAAUGGCCUCAUACUUGCUCAUGCUAAGCGAGAUGAGCCCAUAGAAGCAGAAAAGGUUCUCAGAGAGAUGGUCGAGGAUGAAAUUACUCCUGAUGUUGUUAACUACACUACAGUUAUACAAGCAUACCGGAGGACAGGAGAUUAUGAAAAAUGCUGGGAAAUUUUCGAGAUUGCCAAUGAGAAAUUAAUUCAAGAUGAAUUCCUCAUAUCCUUCAUGAUAAGAAUCUGCGCCUCAACACAUCAAGCUGAGAAAGCAAUCAUGCUAUGGCAUCGACUGCAGACACUCGGAUUUGUAGAAUAUGCUGAACCCUAUAAUGCGAUAAUCUUUGCUUUAGCAUCAAGGCCAGAAUACGCAAGACAGGCUGUUGAAAAAUACAGAUUGAUGCAGAAAAAGAGAGUUGUUCCUGAUUACCACACCUUUGUAGCAGUACUUAAAGCAUCUAGCCAAUAUGGAGACAUCCAACUUUCGAUUGAAGUAUUAGACACUAUGAAAAAUCUCGGAUUCGAAAUGAACGAAUACAUAUACAAUGGCCUCAUCAGGACCUAUGCAGGUGCAUGAACUAUCCCAGACAUUGAAGAAGAGCAAAUAGAGAUUUAUGUAAAGGAUGCCUGGGCUUUAUUAGAUCAAAUGAAGGAGAAGGACAUUCCUCUGAACCAGAAUAUCCUUGAUAGUAUGGUUUACCUGCACAGAAAAGCUUUGUUCAUACCAGAGUUGCAUGAUAAAGUACUGCCUUUAUACGAAAGGCACAACAUUGAGCCAACAAUCUACACGUACGAGAACCUGAUCCAGAUAUAUGCUGACCUAAGCGAGACUGAGCUUGUCUUCGCGACUUACGACCGGCUACAAGAACUUGAUCUAAAACCGAACCCAAGUAUUCUCAGGAUCUACCUUGCAGAGGCUUUUAGAUCCAAUCACAUGAACAGAGUAUGUGAAGCUCUUGAGACUUAUGAAGAGUUGAAGUUUUUCCCACCAGGCAGGAUCAUAAACAGUCUGUCAAAGAUAGUAAACCCUUCAGAUAGGUUAUUCGUAGCUCUGAAGAGUAUGCCUAAGCAGUACCAAAAGUACCGUGAGAAGAUGCGAACCCAUCGCUCACCCAAUUAUGUCACCAAGCAGAGAAAGUACCCCUACCGGAUCAGCAGGAAGAGGGUCCAUAAGAACAGAAGGAUCAAAAGGAAAGGAUUUUAAGCAGUUUAGUUUCAACAAUUUAGCUUUAAAA